AUAAGCAUUUAGACAGACACAAGUACAAGUCAGGAACAAGACGCGAUUCAGGGGUUUUCAAAAGCGCAAUUAGGGUUCUUAAACCAAUUAGGGAUUCUCUCGACUGAAGAUUUAUACUGGGGUUUAAGAUGGAUUCUAAUGUAACUUUACAUUUUCAUCACGGGGGUGAAUUCGCAUUCACGAAUGGGGUUAAAUACUACAAAGGAGGUAAGGUUGAACAUGUUUAUAAUCAAAGGUUGGAUGUUUUGUCAAUGCCGAUGUUUGAUGAUUAUGUGCGCACUGAACUUGAAUACGAUGAUUUUAAGAUAUAUUGGCAUAAAUCUGGUUGUCUUUUUAAUGAGGUUAAUUGCAAGUUAUUAUGGGAUGCUGAGAGUUUAAUGGAAAUGUGUGCUUAUGGUCUUAGUGCUGGUAGGAUAGACUUAUAUAUUGAUCAUGCUAGUGAAGCUGGGGGUGAGUCUGGGCAUGGUGAAAAUUAUGAACAGGGAGGUGAUGCUACUGGAGUUAAUGAGAGUGAUGAAGAGUAUAGUGAUGGUGAUGACAGUGAUGGGAGUGAUAAGGACUAUGAUAGUGAGGGAUCUGAUGAAGAGGUGAGUGAUAGGGAUCAUCUUAGUGAUUAUGAUGAUGAAUUUAAUCAGGUAAUGACAAAUAAGAAGAAAGUGUUAAAACAUAAAAGUAAUCCAACAAUGCAAGCUGAUGAUGAUGAUUUAAAUAUCCCCAUUGCUAAAUUGAUUGCUAAAGAUAAACCAAAAAUUAAGGAAAAAAAGAAGGAAUCUGUUGGUGAACAUGGCUGGGAGAGUGACUAUGAUUCUGAUUCAUACAAGAUUGUGGGUAAAGAGUCUUCUGACUCUAGUGAUAAUGAGGCUGCUUCUGUUAAGAAAAAGAAGAAGAUUGGUAGGUCUAGGAAAUCACAUGCUACAUUUAAUAUCAGGACUCCCAUGAAGAACAUAGAUUUUGAACCUGGUUUAAUGUUUAGUGAUGUGAAGGUGUUAAAAAAUGCUAUUAUAGACUAUGCUGUUGAACAACAAAGGGAAAUUUGGUUUAAAAAAAAUGAUCUUAUAAGAGUUCAAGCAAGAUGCAGAGAGAAUUGUCCUUGGUACUUGUUUGCUAGCAAGGUAGAUUCAACUGGUGGAUUUCAAGUUAAAACUUACAAAAAAGAUCACAAUUGUGUACUUGUGCACAAACAUAAGUUCUUGAGAUCAGAUUGGUUAGUUAGAAAGUUUGGUAGUAAAGUGAGGGCUAAUCCUAAGUGGAAGUUGAGGGAAUUUCAGCAACAUGUAUUUGAGAUGCAUAAUUUGGUUAUUUCAAAAAAUCAGUGUUGGCUUGCAAAAAAACUAGCUUUGUCUGAGAUAGAAGGGGAGAUAGCUAAGCAGUAUAGAAGGCUCUAUGACUAUGGUGCUGAAAUUUUAAAUUCAAAUCCCGAAAGUACUGUGAAAAUAGCUGUUGAAAGGUCAGAUGCUACCAAUACAUCCACUUUUAAGAGAAUCUAUAUAUGUUUUGGUGCCUUGAAAUUGGGAUUUAAAGAAGGAUGUAGAAAGAUAAUAGGCCUGGAUGGAUGUUUUUUGAAGAGUUAUGUUAAGGGAGAGUUGUUGGCUGCAAUAGGAAGGGAUGGAAAUAAUGGAAUGUUUCCAAUUGCUUGGGCCGUGGUAGAUGUUGAGUCCACUGAAACUUGGGAAUGGUUCAUUAGCUUGUUAAAGGCAGACUUGGAGCUUGAUGAUGGUCAUGGGUACACCCUAAUGACAGAUCAACAGAAGGGAUUAAAACAUGCAAUUGAUCAUUUACUACCAAGAGCAGAGCAUAGGUGCUGUGCAAGGCAUAUCUAUGCUAAUUGGAGAAAAAACCAUCCAGGCACAGCUCUUAAAAACCUCUUCUGGAUGGCUUCCAAAUCAACAACAGUUGAGGAGUUCAACUUGCAUAUGGAUCAAAUUAAAGGUAUCUCCCCCCUUGCACAUUCAGACUUGUUAAAAACAGAACCAAAAUUCUGGAGUAGAGCUUUUUUCGAUACAUUAACCAAAUGUGAGAUGGUUGAUAAUAAUUUAUCAGAGUGUUUUAAUAGUUGGAUUCUGGAAGCAAGAUACAAGCCUAUUCUUAAAUUGUUAGAUGAAAUUAGAUUACAGGUGAUGGAGAGGAUUUAUAAGAAAAGAGAUUGGAUGUCUGGUAUUGAAUCUGAGUUAUGUCCUAAAAUAAUUACCAAGUUAAAUUAUAGCAUAGAAGGGACUAGAUUUUGCAAAUCUACUUGGACUGGAGGUAAUGAAUGUGAGGUCAGGGACAUUGAUGGGGGACAGUGGGUGGUUGACAUGGUGAGUAAGAAGUGUACUUGUAGGAGAUGGGAAUUAAAUGGAAUUCCAUGUACACAUGGAUGUCAAGCCUUAUUUAGCAUGAAUGAAAAACCUGAAGACAAAGUGGAUCCUUGUUACCUCAAAAGUUCAUAUGUCAAAGCCUAUUCUCAUCUACUUAGACCUAUGAAGGGGUCAUUGUAUUGGCCUAAAACAGGUUACCCAGAUAUAAUUCCUCCAAAGGCAAGAAGGAUGCCUGGGAGGCCUAAGAAAAACAGGAGGAAAGAACAAGGUGAACAAGGAGCUGGCCAGAAGCUAAGUAAGAAAGGAGUGCUCCUUAGAUGUAGCCAGUGCUUAAAGGCUGGACAUAAUAAAGCAACCUGCAAAGCUACUGCAGAGGAAAUAACAGAGAUACAGAGGUCUGCAAUGGAUGCAAAGAAAGCUCAAAGUGAGGCAGCAAGGGCAGAAGCAGCUAUAAAUAGGAGCAAGAAGGCAGCAAGUCAAAAAAAGAAAUCUACAACUCAGCCACAAGCUGCAGCUCCAGGAGAACCACAAAUCAAGAGAAAGAGAGGCAGACCAGCAAAAACUAAAAAAUCUGAAGUCUUUCCUCCACCACCUCCAUUGCCUCCUCCUGGUGUUGGUGUUUAUGUCUGUCAAGACGGAGAAACUUACCUAACAACAGUUGGCUCAACAGUUAUAGUCUCAAGCUCACAACCAAGUGCCCAAAAUCCAACAAUUAAUGUUAGUCAACACAGUGCAAGCCAACCAUGAAAUCAAGUCAUAGCCAGAUUUUUGAAGUACUUUUGAAUGUAUUGAAAACAUAAUUCCUCUUCAAGGUCAUUUAAGUACUUUUGAAUUUUAUUUUGCUCUUUAGAUCAAGUAUUUUGGCAUGUAACUUGAAAACAAAUUGUGAUAUUUUCAUAUUAAGUAUUUUGGAUCUUUUGUAAUCGAUGAAAGUUUAAGUAUUAAGAUUUCUUACAGGUU